UGAACCGCAGUUCGAUUUUCGUUGGCGACCAGAUAAUUUAACAUUGCACUCUUAUGAUCCGUAGAAUAGUCAGAUGAUCUUGGUUGCCGGACACUGUGGUUAAUUCAAAAAAAAUUGCAUUUUGAGACAUGACAUAAAAUAUGUAACAUUUCAUAGUCCGAUGUACUAAAUAUAUACUUUUUAAUCUAGCUUAUUAGAGAAAAUAAUAUAAAAUAGUUAUUUGUAACAAAAACACACUUUGAUUGGCCAUUUAAUUUUCAAAUUUAAGUUUGAAUUGUAGUUUCCUUGAUUAUAGUUUUCUUUUCUUGGUCAGCAUCAUCCGUUACUCUCAAAAGAAAUUUGUAUCCUGCACUUAUUUCCCAUUACAUUUCCCAACCUUCUAAAUACAAGGUCAUAACCAAAAUAUUAUAAAAUCCUAAAGCAAAUCAAAAGUAUUAUUGGGAAGCAAGACCUAUAACUAAUAGGAAGAGAUGACGACGUGGCCGGCUAAAUCUUCUCUGCCACAGACGGUAAGUCCAGUCUACUUUGUGCAGAGCCCACCGAACACAGAAGUAGACAAGAUAUCAACCGGAUCGGGUCUUAGCCCCUUCGGAUCACCCGUUAACCGACAGGGCCAGGUCAGUCACUACAACCAUGAGUCUGUGGCCGAGUCACCUUCGACUCUACGGUUCUCAGGACCAUUGAGAAACGGAUACAGCAGUCUCCAAGUGCAUGAUCAUGACCAUCCAAUCGACGAGGAUGAUGACGAUUACGAUGAAGUAGACGGUUCGGAUGAGAAAAGAGGAAGGAGAACGAGGUUUUACACUUGCUUGUUGUUUACGUUUGUGCUGGCCUUCACUAUCUUCUGUCUCAUUUUGUGGGGAGUUUCCAAAUCUUUCUCACCUAUUGUCACUUUGAAGGGGAUGGUAAUCGAGAGCUUGAACGUGCAAUCCGGGAACGACGCAUCGGGAGUGCUCACAGAUAUGCUCACUCUAAAUUCAACGGUCACGAUGUUAUACAAAAACCCUGCGACUUUCUUCACAGUCCAUGUCACCUCCUCUCCCUUCCAGCUCAGCUAUUCCCAACUCAUCCUCGCCUCCGGCCAGAUGGAAAAGUUCUCUCAGCGAAGGAAGACCGAGAGAAUCAUUGAGACCAAAGUAAUAGGCAUUCAAAUUCCUUUGUACGGAGGCGUACCGGCUCUAUACGCGCAAAGAGCUAAACCGGACCGAGUUGUUUUGCCUUUGAAUUUAACUUUUACGUUGCUAUCACGAGCCUAUGUUCUCGGCCGAUUAGUCAAGACUAAGUUCUACACGAGCAUCAGAUGCAGCAUCACUUUCCAUGGCGAUAAACUUGGCAAGAAAAUUGAUUUCUUGAAGUCUUGCUCUGAUCAUUGAUAGAAAAUCAGCAGCGAAAUCAGUUCUUUAUGUUUAUUAGGGAUGAUUAAAUUAUUUUGAUGAGAUAUAUACAUGUGAAGGUUUGAUCAAUAUAAAUAGGGUUGUAAUUAAUUUCUUUAUACUACUAUAUUUGAUCG